AUGAGCCUUCUUCAGUGUCUGCAGGAGGUGGAGGUGCUGCUGGGUUCUCUUGGCUUUGGAGUUGGUGUUGAGGGAGGGGUAAAUGAUUUCACCCAGACGGGCCCUCAAUUCUUUGCUAAUCCAAAUGAUGUUGUGUCUCCUCCAACUGUAUUUAAAGGAAACAAUUAUAAACAGAUCUGCCAAGUUCGAGAGAAUGCACAUGAAUACGCAACACUGUAUGACACAGAAAAGAAGAUCCCCGUCUACUCAGCCUACCAGUUUAAAGGUGUAAUGGGUUGUAAAAGACUAACAAAGUGGUAUAUUGAACCUCAGCUUGAACAAAUAACUAAUAGCAAAGAGAUGGCGCCUGAAAGCAGCGUGACCAGCAUACAAAAUCAAGCUGUUAAUAAAGACUACUACAAGUCAGGCUAUGACAGAGGACACCUGGCUCAUGUCUACCACUCCAAGUCACAGAGCUGCUUCCUCACCAACACUGCUCCACAACACUGCUCUUUCAACAAAGGUCAAUGGAAGGAGACGGAGAUAAAAGUGGCCGACAUUCUGAACAAGUCAUGUUUGCCGAAUUCUGCCUUUAUUGUCACUGGGGUGGUUCCUGGCUACAUCGAGCCUCCUUUAAAGAACAGAGUUAUUAUUCCCAGUCACUUCUGGACUGCUUACUGCUGUCUAGACAACAAUUUUAUAGUGAUAGAUUCAAAUGAUAAGUCAGCUGAACUUAUUAGAGACCACUUCUACUGGCCCAGGAUGGGUGCAGACAUUGAGGAGUAUGUCAAGAAUUUUGGACACAAUCAUCUCCUGCCUAUUAGAUGUCUGGUGCGGAUGCCAGUGGACACUGACUCACCAGGUGCCUCCCAGAGAUGA